AUGAAUGUGUAUUGGACUAGUAGUGACCCGAGAGUAAUUGUAGGUUAUUAAAUUUUAAGCCGUGCGGAAGCUAAGGGGAUGAUUUCAAUUGAAACUUUAUCCACCCUGAAAGAAGACGAUUAUUUCAUAAGAGAUUUCAUCGAGGUAAAUGUAGCCAAUUUUUGCUCUAUGAAAAUACUUCAGCGCAACAUAGACGAUAUGGUUCGGGUAUGGAAUACCCAUCAUAUCCGUCCAUCUAAGAACCACAGCUGCCCACAUGGACGCACAGCUGUACUAUAUUCAAUACCACGUCUCUAUGGAAUACACAGAUACCUUCAGCCAGUUGACUGCCACAGAACAGAUGUGUGCCGAACAGAGUGCGUAUUUCGAGGAAAUUGUCCUUGUGACAGAGAUAAGUUGAACACAUGUGUCCUCUAUAUGGAAGAGAUACGACUGGAACCUGUUAACAGCGUCGAACAGGGCAUAACUUUGUAUCGCCGUCUGAGAAGUACUUUACUAGCAGAUGUGUGA